UUUAAAUUACCAUCACAAAAAAAGCACAUCCCACCAACCCCAAGAAAAAGAAUAAACAGAUGCAAACUCAUCAUGCCCAGCAAUACACGAUAAAGAUACUUAACAGCAAUACAACUCUAAAAACCGUAAACACGAAGUUUACGGUUGGUAGGUCACUUAAAUGCGAUUUGCGUAUACAGCUGCCCUCGGUUGAAGAGAAGCAUUUGGUAAUUUAUUUAGGUGAUAGAAAAUAUGCGGUAAGUGGUGAUGAUGUGAUGGUUAACGGAGUAGUUGUUGGUGGUGAAGGGGUGUUUGAGUAUGGGGAUGUGUUUGAUGUGAGAGGUACUCGGUUUGUUGUUAUGGAGGAUGAGGGGCGAGCAGAUGUCAUGGGGAUAGGAAGUAAAGAGGUGAGAGACAGAAAGAUUGAUGAGGACCUAGGGGAUAAAAAGUUGGAGGGCACAGUUGCAAUGAAUAAGGAUACCGUAAAUGAGGAUGUAGGAAAUAGCGCAAUAGUCCGUGAACAAGAGGCCUCAGCAACGAAGAACGAGGACGUUGCUAAUAUGGUAUUUGAUAACAAGGAGGUGCAAGGCGGUGAUCCACUAGCUACGAAAGAUGGUCAACCAGCCACCGAAGGGACAACAGAUCUUGCACCGGAGGUACACAAGGAAGUAUCAAAAAUAAUACCAAGGGUGGAAUUGACCAAUGAUACGCGGGAAGAAACAGAGGAAAAGUCAUCCACAACUUACGAAAGCAACAAAACACCUGCAAUGGAGCAGAAGAUGCCAGCAGAUGAACUGAUUAUAGAAGAGGAAAUAAUACACAGGGAGGUCAUCAAAGAGACAUUAAGUAUUGAUACUUUUACAAAGGACAAAAUAGCAAUGGAAGUGGCCGGUAAUUUAAAAGAGGAUGUAAAAAAUGAUAUCAGAGCAGAGUUUGUCGAGGAGAUAAGGGAUGAACUGAAAGAUGAAGUAAAGGAUGUUAUUGGUUCGGAUGGUGUCAGGAACCUGCUGGUUGAGGAUGUGAUGGAUAAAGUUGGUGAAGAUAUUAAAGAAAAGAUCCUUAGAAAAGAUAUGGGUGCAGAGAGGGAAAAUGCAGCGCAACACGAGGUGAAAUCGGAUGAAGCGAGCGUCAAGGUAGCAAAAAAAGUGAACGAGGAACCGAUAAAACGUGAGGUGCAUCAGGAAGCAUCAGAACAGGUUAGUAAACGUGAACAAGAUGUACAUGGCAAAAAAAAUGAAAAGAGCACGAUCGAAAAUAAUCGAGAGGAAGAUCAAGGAAAAAGUGCGGUUGUUAACGCUGAUCAGGAGAAAACGAAGGCUAAAAAUGUAAAGGAAAGAAUGAAUGAAGGCAUUGAGAAUCAAGGAACACAAAAGAUAGAAGAGAUGGUAAGGAUCAAUAAUAAUGCAGAACAGGGUAAUAUGAUGGAUGAGAACGUUGAAAAAGAACCGGUGAAAAGGGUGAAACGGGGAAAGAGUGUGAAAGAGGAAGAGCGCAAAGAAAAAGAUGUAAAGAAAGAAGAGACGAAGAAAACCAGAGGUGGAAAGAAAGAAAAGGGUGAGUAUGAAAAUAAGGCUCAAAAUGUAAGUAGAGAAGAACCGGUUGAGCACAUUAAAGAGACAAAGAAUAGUAGAAAGGCAAAAAUGGAUGCUGCACCAAAGAAAGUAAAGAAAGAUUCAGAGGAACCAGAAGUUAAGAAGCGGGGAAGACGACCGAGUACAGCUAAGAAAGCAGUGGCAGACACAAAAAAGAAAGGUAGUGUCACCAAGACGGCUCCUAAAGGACGAAAAAAAAAAUGAUUGUGCAUGACAUUUUAUUAAAUGAAUUGCUGUAGGUACGUUCUGAUUGUUGGUUGCUUUUUCAUUUGUUUGGUUAGGCUUUUGAUGACCUAAUGGGCAGAUUUAGCAUAUGCCAUCUCUGGGGUCCAGGUUUUGAGUCCUCCCAAGUAUUAAGUAGGCUCGAUUGAUACAUGCUUGGUAGAGAAAUGAUCAAGUUCCAAGACUAGCAA